GGGGAGGAAAUGUCGCUGCCUCUGCACCCCGAGCUCUGGUGGGAGCACUCAGGCACCCGCUGCAACCGGGACACUCGCCGGGGUCUCGGGGGGCCCGACAGGGGGCACCAUGGCAACAGGGGGUUCCAUUGUUAGGGGGGUCACUGCCCCAAGAGGCUGCGCCAUGGACGAGUCUGAGGGACCCGAAGAGAAGGAGGAGACUGAAUCAUGGAUCCCUGUGCAGAGGGAGCGAUCCUACACCUCGGGGUCCCUGUCUGAGAGCUCUGGGCUGAAGAGGAGGAAGCAGGUGGAGCCCCCCCCAGGCCAGGUGGCAGAGGAGAAGGAGCCCAGCAGCAAGAGGGUUAAACCUGUCUCCAAAACACUGUCUGCAUCUGUGGCCCCGCCCCCGGCUAAAGUCACGCCCCUAAAGAAACUCAGCCUGUCCAUCCAGAAAUCCAUUGGCUGCAAGAGUGAGAGCCGCCUGUUCAGCUUCCCUCCCCGAACCCGCAGCCGGGAGCCUGGGGGCGGGGCCAAGAGGCGGAGCAGCAAGCUGUGGCGGGAAACCUUCGACAGCGCAGGGGAGGAGCUAUCAGCGCGGGAAAUCAAACGGCAGGAGGUGAUCUUCGAGCUGAUGCAGGGGGAGCACACACUCAUAGAGGAUCUCAACUUGGUCAGAAAGAAUUACUAUGAGCCAAUGUUAAAGCUGGAGAUCUUAUCCCGGGAGGAGCUGGAGCAGAUCUUUGGGAUCCUGGACUCGCUGGCCCCCCUGCACCAAGAUCUCCUGGAGCGGCUCCUGAAGUUGAGGCGGGAGGAUGGUACGUUGGAGGUAAUUGGGCCGACCAUGUUGGACUGGCUGCCCUGUCUCCAUGCCUACAAGACCUACUGCUGCAACCAAGUGGCCGCUAAGUCCCUGCUGGACCACAAGAGGCGCUGUGCCGCCGUCCAGAACUUCCUGCGCUUGUGCCAGGAGUCGGCCUUUAGCCGCAAGUUGGACGUCUGGAGCUUCCUGGAUCUGCCCCGGAGCCGCCUCGUCAAGUACCCCCUUCUGCUCAAAGAGCUGCUCAAGCACACGGGCCCAGAACAUCCUGACUAUACACCGCUGGGGGAGGCUGUGUGUAUGAUCCAAACCAUCGUUAGCCUAAUUAACAGCAAGACGGGGGAGGCUGAGUGUGAGUACUACCGGCGGAGGCUGACCUACCUGUACGAGAGCCAAGAGGAAGGGGCGGUGACUUCCUCCCGACUCCUGCACUGCCAUGGGGAGCUCAAGAACAACAAGGGCCAGAGGCUCCAGGUGUUCCUGUUUGAGGCGGCCCUGGUCCUGACUCGGCCAAUCACGCAGAACCAUCAGCUGCAGUUCCAGGUGUAUCGCCAGCCCAUCCCCCUGCAGGAACUGGUUCUGGAGGACUUGCCCGAUGGAGAAGUGCGAGUGGGGGGCUCCAUACGAGGGGCUUUCACACCUGCUACAGAACGGGCCAAGAACUUCUUCCGGGUGAGUUUCCAGGACCGGUCCCGGGGCCAAUCCCACACCCUGCAGGCCAACGACUCCUUCAAUAAGCAGCAGUGGGUCAGCUGCAUCCGCCAGGCCAAGGCGGCCAAUCAGGGGGGCCCCCCGGAACCCCCCUGCACCCUGGUGGACAUCUCUGAUCUGAGCCUGAGCUCCAUUGAGGACUGUGAGAAAAUGGAGGAUGGGUAAAGCAUUGGUUUUACCCCCCAGGGCAACAGAAUGUGACAAGUAAUGCGCCACCCUGAACCCACUUACCCGCCGCUUCCUGCGCCCCAGAACCCGCCCCCCCUGCGCCCCAGAACCCGCCCCCCCUGCGCCCAGAACCCCCCCCCCCUGCGCCCCAGAACCCGCCCCCCCGUCAGCCUUUCACUGUAUUUAAAAUAAAUCUUUCCUAUUUUUUCAA